AUGCGUGUUAUCAUCAUCCACCCAGAACAAUGGAAUGGCGGGUCGGACCGCUGCACUAUCGGGUUUCUUCGACAUUUCGUCCAAGCCGGACAUCAGGUCGCUUGGUUAACAACAAUGAUUGAUGAUUAUUGGGCAGAUGAGGAAUUCAAAGGAGUAGAAAUUCAUGAAGUUCGUCUCCCGCUACAUCCUGGAGAUUGGUUUUCACAAAAUAUAGCACUUGCGUAUCACAUAAUUUUUCGCACGAAACUGAAACCAGAUUUAAUUGUUGCUGAUCACAGUGCGUCGUGCGUUCCGAUAUUAAAAUGGUGGUUUCCAAAGGUACACGUAAUGUUCUACUGCCAUUUUCCCCAACAAUUGGUUCGAAAUCUCACAAUUAAAAAAUACUUAAAUUCACUCUUACAGGUAACACCAAAUCGCUUUUUUCUGUAUCGUUGGUACUCGGCAUGUAUGGGCCUUAUUGAAGCUCACAUGUGUGAAUAUGCAGCCAAAAACUUUCAAACUGUAAUGCCCAGCAUACCCAAAGAGAAACUGCGCGUGAUUUAUCCUCCUUGUGAUGUUGAUUCACUGAGCGUUGUGUCACGUCCAAUUUCACGCAAACAUCGGAUGCCUAAUGAACGCUACCUAUUUCUUUCAAUGAAUCGUUUCUGGCCAGAAAAGCGUUUGGACAUAAUUUUGGACGCAGCUGUUCAAUUGAAAAGCUUUGGACUUAAUCCACUUAUACAAAUGGCUGGGUCUGUAAUGCCGCACAUUCCGGAGUCUAAGAUUUACUACGAAUUGUUGAAGGAACAAUGUAAAAAAUACAAUUUGGAGGACAUUAUUGAAGUACGGGUUUUUUAAAUUUUUUCUUCAAGAAAACUGAGAGAAAGCUUAAGAGGAAAAUUAUGUAAAUUGUUGAAAUUAAUUCAAGAGGGGAGAUAUUUAGAAAGGGAAGAUAAGGAGGAUAGUUCAAAGAAAUAUUUUGAAGAAAGGGAGAUGAAUCGAAGGGAGGUAAAUCGAAGAAAGGGUAGAUAAUAAAAGAUAAUUCAAGGUGGGAUACAAAUUUCGAAGGUAGAUUCUUAUUUUGAAUUUUUAGAAGAAACUGAUUAGAU